UAUUAAAAAAAAAGAAACAGAAUGAUUGCUGAGUAUCUAUCUGCUGCAAGUUCCCCAAAAUUUCCCCAUCGGGGGACGUUUGUUCUGAAUUUCUUACAGAGGUUUUGACUUAGUUGCUACCAACCUGACUAAUUUAUCAUGCUGACCAAUUGAUUAUGCCGCAAUUCUUCAGGUGGUGUGGUGUACAUCCCCAAGGUCGCGCUUCUUCCACACGCCAUCUUCCCAAUGAUACUUUCUGACGCACCUGCAACCGGCUGAGAGGCUGAGCUACCCGCGAGAUCCAGAUCUCAGCUUCAUCAUCCUCUAACAGUGCCCCUUCUCUUAUCUCCGAGCUCACACGCUGCAGGGUUCUCUAGGUGGUGUAGUGCAAGACGAAGUUUCAUCCACGCAGCAGAUUGCUCUGACGAAGCUCCCUUCUGCUGCUUCCGCAAACACCUGCAGCAGGCUGAGAGGCCGAGCUACAGCGCAAGCAGAGCAUGGCCCAGGCCGUGAUUGGAGCGAUGGGUACCCUCCUGCCCAAGCUGGCCGACCUAAUAACCAAGGAGUACAACCUUCAGAGGGGUGUCAGGGGCGAGAUCAUGUUCCUCAAAGCCGAGAUGGAGAGCAUGGAGACAGCUCUCCUCAGGAUUUCUGAGGCGCCAAUCGACCAGCCACCGGACAUCCAAGUCAAGCUUUGGGCCAAGGCUGUGAGAGACUUGUCAUACGAUCUGGAAGAUAGCAUCGACAAGUUCAUGGUGCGCAUUGAAACCCAUGGCCGGCCAGAGAAGUCCCAUGGUUUCAGGGAUUUCAUUGAUAAGAGCCUCAGCCUGCUGACCAAGGGCAAGAUUCGCCACAAGAUUGGCAUUGAUAUCAAAGACAUCAAGAGCCGCAUCAAGGAGGUCAGUGAGCGGCGUGAUAGGUACAAGGUUGACGGUGUGGCCGCUGCCAAGCCCGUUGGUCCAACUACUGAUACCCUUCGCCUAUCAGCCUUGUAUAGAAAGGCCACGGAGCUCGUUGGGACUGACGAGAAGAGCGUUGAGGUAAUCAAGAUGCUGACUGAGGGAGACGAGGUUUCCAAGAAACAGCUGAAGGUGGUCUCUAUUGUUGGAUUUGGUGGAUUAGGCAAGACCACCCUUGCUAAUGCAGUCUAUGAGAAGCUGAAAGUGCAAGACGAUAAUCAAGAAAUGCAAUUCGAUUGUUCAGCUUUUAUUUCCAUGUCUCUUAAUCCUAACAUGGAGCAGAUUUUCAAGAGCUUGCUCCAUCAACUUGACAAGCAUAGGAUCCAGAACACCAAUGAGGCAUUGUGGGGCGAAGAACAACUCAUCCGUGAAAUAAGAACAUUUCUUGAAAACAAGAGGUACUUGAUUGUUAUUGACGACGUAUGGGAUAAGUCCGUCUGGGAAAACAUCAAAUAUGCGUUGGUUGACAAUGAAUAUGGAAGUAGAGUAAUCACAACAACUCGCAUCCUUGAUGUUGCCCAGCAAGCUGGUGGUGUCUAUCGGCUGAAUCCCCUUUCUGUUGUGGACUCAAGAAAGUUGUUCUAUCAUAGAAUAUAUGAUAUGGAGAACAAGUCACCACCUAGUCAAUUGGUUGAAGUAUCUGAGAACAUUUUAAAAAGAUGUGGGGGUGUGCCGCUAGCUAUCCUUACAAUAGGUAGCUUGCUGUGCAACAAAAAGGGAAGAGCACAUACACUUGAGUAUUGGUCCAAGGUGCAGAAAUCUAUCAGUUCAGGGCUAGACAAUAAUCAUAAUGAUGUGAAGAACAUGAGAAGGAUAUUAUCAGUCAGUUACUCUAACCUACCUCCACACCUAAAGACUUGUUUACUGCAUCUUAGUCUAUACCCAGAGGAUUAUAAGAUUGCAACAGAACAACUGAUAUGGAAAUGGGUGGGUGAAGGUUUUGUGAAAAAAGAACAGGGGAGGAGCUUGUAUGAAGUAGGAGGGGAUUAUUUGGAUGAGCUCAUUAAUAAAAGUUUGGUCCAACCUGUAAAAUUUGACAAUGCAAAUAAAGUGCGCUCCUGUCGUGUGCACGAUAUGGUGCGUGACCUCAUCAUUUCCUUGUCAAAUGAGGAAAAUUUCCUAACAACAAUAGGUGGUCCGCAAUCAGAGUAUCUACCAAGUAAGAUCCGCCGACUGUCCAUCCAGCCCUGCAUUCAAGAAGUAGCUAAUCAGUUGUCAACCAUGGGCUUGGCCCAUGUGAGGUCACUUAGUGUGUCUAGUCCAGCUUUUAGUUUAUUGCCAACACUGUCGGGUUUUCCAGUCCUAUGUGUGUUGGACUUAACUGACUGCUGGCAGGUGGAUAAUAAUAGUUGGAAGGAUAUCUGCAAUUUGUUUCACCUGAGAUAUUUGAGUUUAAAGGGAACUUGUAUCACUCGGAUCCCGAAAGAGAUUGGAAAUCUGCAAUUUCUGCAAGUGCUGGAUAUCAGGUGCACUGAAAUAGAAGAAGAGCUGCCGUCAACCUUGAUUCAACUAACACAACUGUUGUUAUUCUGCAUGCCUGAUAGCAUCUCUUGUGCAGUGCCUAGGUGGAUGUGCUCCAUGUCUUUCCUCUUCUCUCUAAGUAUCACACUUGAAACACUUGGAGAGGAGGACCUUCAUGUACUUGGGAAUGUACCAUUUCUCAGUGAACUGUACAUACAAGUGAAGAAACCUACACAGGGUAGAGACAAACGGUUGGUCAUUGACAAUGCUUAUCCAUUUCGGUGUCUAAAGAGGUUUAGUGUCAAGGGUGACACCAUGGAGUUGAAGUUUGCACAAGGAACCAUGCAAAGUCUAAAUACCCUCCUGUUCGGUUUAGAGAAUGUGCAUGACACAAUGCUUCAGCUUGGAGAUCUUGUAUUUGGUUUAAAUAAUCUCUCUUUGCUUGAGCAUAUUGUUGUUGAGCUACCCUUCCACGGAGAAGACACUGAGACUCAAAAGGUGAGAAAUGCUAUUCAGAAAGAGGUCGAGAUGAAUCAAAACAUGCCCAUACUAACAUUCACAGAAGCAGGCAGUGACGAAUAUGCACGAGCUGAUGAUUUCAUCAAUAAGGCCAGAGAUCAGUUGAAGCAGCAGAGGAUAGAUUCAUUAAUGCGGUAUCGCGAUAUGCUACGAAGAGCACAGCUCAAGAAACAGAUAGCCUCAGGGGCGGACCCAGAAAACAAGAUAGCCUCAGGGGCGGACCUGGACAAAUAGAUAGCCUCAGGAGCGGACCCAGAAAAAAAUUGGAGUGGGGGGCAAAUCAGCGUUUUAUCACUUCUUGAACAAUAUCUGAAGUAAUUUUCAGUGAAAUAAAAGCAAACUUUACUGAAGUUUGAAAAUGGAGUGGGGGCAUAGGCGCAUAGCCCCCACUGGCCUAUAUGUAAGUCCGCCCCUGGAUAGCCUCAAGGGCUC